CGCCCCUUGUGCUGCUUUCAUAAAGCAGACAGACUGUGUGACCAGUCAAGUUACUAAUUUGGGGUCCUCGUGUUAAGCAGAAGGUGUCGCUCUCCUUGUUAGUAUAUUUUGCAGUCGUUUUGGAGUCCAAUUGGUUUGUUUUUUCGGGCGUCUUUUAACCUCUUGCAAAAUUUUAGGUGGAUUUGCCUUUAGGAAACAGUGGUGAGGGGCGCAAAAUAAGCUGUCAGUUGAUUUUUAUUUUUAUCAUUAUUAUUUUUCUACCUUGGCUUUUUCGAUAUGCUGCUGGAGUUGCCACAACAAGACCCACUGCUGGAGCAGCGCGACAUAAACAGCUACUUUAGCCUCGGAAGCUACAACGACGGUUCCCCGUCCCCUGAACAGCAAUCGUGCCAUGAGUGCAGCCCGGAGUCCCCACAUUUGAUUCUAACGGACAUCAGUAAUCUGAAGGAAGAUGCUGGAGCUGCCAGGAGCCCCGUUGCUGCGGAGCCAUUCCCAGAUUCAAAGCUAGCAAAAAAACAAGCUCAGAAAAGAUAUUUGGGAGUCAGAGUAAGAAUGCCAGUUAGAGAUAUGCUACGGAAAAUCCGAAUUGCCAAAGGCAUCGAUCCAAAUGAGAUGCAGGACAGUCCACCCAAGGGAUCCAAAUCAUGUUCAGAGAUAAAGAAGCGUGUUCACCAGUUUUCAGAUAGGAGACACAAACAGAUCAAGCAGCCAGCAAAGAGCUUGGAAGAGCUGGCUAUGUUGGUUGAAGUGUUGGCUGAGGACUUGGCACGCACUAGAAGUGAUGGAAAUAAGGCAGCCCUCAGGUUAACCCACAACUGCACCCCUCAAAGCACUUGUUCAAUGUUUCAGCAAGAUCACAAUGCCUCCUUAGACUUGCCUCCGGAAAGCAUUGCACCAUCUCCACAGCCAUCUUACAUUUCAGGUGACAUUUCCCCAGAAAGACAGGAUUUUCAUCACUCUCCCAUUUAUGAAGAAAUGCUUUUUCAGGGGCCCAGGUUCCUUGGAGGCAAUUGCAACAAAGCUCAAGAAGACACUAAAGUUUACUCCCAGGUGGAGUUCUCUCCUCCAUAUCUUGACUAUCAAGUACCUUCAAUUCCAGAUGUGUUCUACCCCAGUGCUCCUUCAUACUUUUGUACAGAAAAGCCACAGUCUCAAACAUGUUAUGAACAAAUGGAAAAAUAUAAAAUCUCUUCCUUGCACAAUGUACAAGACACAGCUGGGCUUUCAUUUUUCCAGUUUCAACUUCGUAAUGAAGAAAGUUUGCUAAGGCUAUACACAGACAAAGAACUCCUUGAAGUGAAUAAAAAUGGUAGCACAUCUCUCCAUAGAGCAGUAUUUGAGGGUAAAAGAGCAAAGGUGUAUGCCAUUGCCCAGAGGAUGGUCAAACUGAAUAAAAUUGACACCAAAGAUGCAGAGGAAAGGACAGCAUUACAUCUAGCUGCUGAGAAAAAUCAGCAUCUAAUGGUCAGUGAUCUUAUCUCCCUCGGGGCAAAUAUUAAUGAAAAGGACAAGUUUGGCAAGACUCCUCUCCACCUCUGCGCAGAAAAUGGAUAUAUUAGAGUGUUAGAGAUGCUGAAAAGUGCCAAGAAUAGUGGAAUUCCAUUGGAAGUAGAACCUUCUGACCACAAUGGGUUGACACCCCUUCAUUGUGCAGUCAUUGCUUUAAAUAUUACAGUAAAGCAGAUGGGAAAGUGUAAGGAUCAAAAUGACAUCAACUUUCUGGCUUUGAGGAAAGAUCGUUUAUUUGAGGGCAUGGAGUGUCUUCUGCAAAUGGGAGCAAAUCCAUUUACUCGAGAACCUCUUUUGGACCGUACUGCUGUGGAUUUUGCUGAAGAAGACAAUAAUCUGGAACUGAUUAACUUCUUUCAGUCUCACUAUUCUAACAGUGAAGCUCUCCAAAGUGAGAAUUAUGCUUCUCGCACAAUGCUAGAUCUUCUGGGAUACACCGAUACUCUGUAUGGUGGCUGUGACAUUCCAGGUCUUCCUCAAGUUAGCAUUCUGAACUGAACUUAGCAGCCUUUAGGAGAGAAUCCAGAAAUGUGAACCUGGAGAAACCAUCUCCUGCUGGAAUUGUUGCACAAUUCAAGUCUCUGUGGCUGUUAUGUCGGCAGUCCAUGAACUGACAGUAAAAGUCUCUGAAAUGUAAGAAGCCUGAACCAAAACACUGAACAAAGUGCCUUAGGCAUAGUGUUGAGUUUAAAUGUUCUCCUAAUGUUUGCACAGGAUUUCAUCCACACUUCAAGAUGAGCCGGGAGGAUAAUUUACAAAACUCAAAUUCUAAUUUUGUGCGUCAUGCGGUGGUGUCCCAUUUAGAGUAUGAUUCUGUCUGAUACUCUAGCUUGUGAUGUCUCCUAUAGAACUGCAAUUAAAAAUGUGGGAAAAACAUAGUAUUUUGUUCUUAAUUAAUUGAAUACAAAUUAAAAUGACCAAAUUUAAAUAUUACUUUUGACCUCCACUGCAUACCCGUUUUGAAUAAUGAAUUGAUUUCCUAUGUCAAGGUUCAGGCUUCUUGUUAUGCAACCAGAAUUUUGUAAAGGGCUAAAGCAACAAUAUUAGAAAGCUUGAAUUAAACACUAAAGUGGAGAAGAAAAAAGAAAAAUCAGUGUAAAUUGAUUUUAAAGAAAUGUUCACUGUUUAAAUUAAAAGGUUGCAAGCCCAUGGUUGCAAAUUAGCUGGUUUCAAUGAAACUUCCUUUGUUUGCUACAUUAAUGUAGUAAAUUGUAAAUAUUACAAUGUUACGGAAAUAACUAUGUACAGUAUAUUGUAGGUUUGUUUUUCUUGGAUAUUUUGUUUUAGUUUAAGGUCCUUAAAAUGGCAAGUUAGUGUAAGGCUCUAAGAGCAUACUGUUACUGAAAAUGUUUGAAAAUAUCCUCCUUAACUGUCUAAAAUUGAGAACCAAAGGAAAAUGUUAAUGCAUUUCUUUAUAUUAUAUAUAUGUAUAUUUUAAAUGCAUGUAUCAUUUAAAAUAAUUUUGUUUCAAUAAUAACUUUCAAAUUUCUAGAAAUAUACUGGGGUUGGAGUUCUAGUAGACUUUACCUUAUCAUGCCAUUCACUAACCCUAACUCUCACCCAAACCUACCUCACCUUUGGGCAAGUGGGGGGCAUUAGGUACUAACCCAAAGUCAGAUAAUCCUAACACUCACCAUAAUUGUUUUAAAAUAUAAUAAAGCAGGCAUGUUUAACUCUUUCAUCUAGUGUAUUCGUUUACAUGUAUAAAAUAUCAUUCUGUUAGACUGUAAAUGUGCUUGAUGAAUUCCUACUAAUUUUCCUAAGCAGGUAUUUUAUAUGUUUGUAUCUUGUGCCCUCACAUAUGCAGAAUUUGUAAUAAAUUGCAACAAACAAUAUACACUGAAAUUAUUCACUUUACUGAAAAAGAUAAUUUGCUGUUACAUGAGUACCUGGAUGGAGGAUUUACCUGCAUUAUAAUCAACCACACAUAGCUCAGUAUACUGUAUAUACUUACCAGUAGUUAUUUUUGAAUAAUCUAUGACAUUAGGAUACUAACAUAUAUGUUUUAUUAAUCUUCUUUUUAUUACUGUGAAAAUUGUUUUACCUAACCAAUGGUGUGGUGUACCUUAGUGGUGCAAUGUAAUAAAAAUUAGCCAUGCAUAACAUUGCAUUUAUAGUAUGUACUGUAUUUGUAAUUUAAUACUUUACAACCCUGCACUUUGUUGCUGUUGAAACUGAAUUAGCUAUUGAAUAAUAAAGAUAUUUUUUCAUUUCAUCA